UCUCCGUGCUAACUGCUGACCACAAAGGACGGGGGAGGGCCGGUCGAGAAUUGGGAAAGUUCGGGGGGAUAAAAAAAGGGUCGGGGACUUGCAAAGGUUUCCUAGUUCCGAUCUUGAAUUGAUUGUUGCUUGCCCAGGAACGCGAAUCGACAACUUCCUUUGACUCCCACGUUGUCCGUUCGGGCGACGCCCGAGCGUCUCAAGAUCCACGAUGGAGCCUCCCGCAAGCGCGGCAGGUACAGUCGGCACCGCGACACUGAGGAUGGGUUUGACUCCUUUUCUCGAUUAGAACUCUUCUUGGCUUUUUUGUUUCGGAGUACGGGCCUUGCUUUCAUUACUCUUCGCGAGAGGCUUCGGUGGGUCUCUGUUACUGCGCGAGCCUGGUUUUUGCUUUACUGGGUCGUCCUCUCGAGAUCUCAAAUCGAUCUGUGGAUUCUUUUGAAGAUCUGGGUUUUCUGGGUGUCCUUGAAAUUGGAUUAGGAAUUGAGGGUUUGAGGUAUUCCUGCUAGAUUUGUGUUACGUGGGUUUCUAAUGGCAGAUGGGUCUUGACAAGUGACUGCGAAAUACUUCCGCUGAGUAGGCAGAUUUGAGGCUCUUGAAGUCUUGGCUUUUGUUGAUGCUCUUUGAGAGGCCUCGGAGCUUCACAAUUUGUCGGGUAUUGUUUCGGUAGAGGUUCGAUUAGUCAGUCGCCUGUUCUACUAGGAGGGAUUAGGGUUGUCGUUUUGAUAGAUGUGGAAGCAAAAAAUGGGUGAGAAGUUUUGGGCAAAUGAAGAUGACAAGAGGGUGGUUGAGUCUGUGGUGGGCAGAGAGGCGUGCGAGCUUUUGAUAUCUUCUGGAAAUGCUGCAUCUGAUGUUACCUUGCCUGGUGAUUUGGGUGUGCAACAAGGGCUAGCUCAGCUUGUAGAGGGGUCUAAUUGGAAUUAUGCUGUUUUCUGGCAUUCUGCAAGCUUACGAUCUGGCAGAAUCACCUUAAUUUGGGGCGACGGACAUUGUUGUGACCCAAAGGUUGGUUCAGCUGAAGAUGGAAGCUCCCACCAAAAUGUCAAAUCAGAUAGAGUUGAGAAAAAGGAGGAAUUGAACAAGUUGGUGUUGCAGAAGUUUCAUAGCAGUUUUGGCGGGUCUUCAGACGAUAAUUUUGCCGCAAGGUUGAAUGGAGUCUCAGAUGUGGAGAUGUUUUAUCUGUCCUCGAUGUACUUUUCUUUUCAGUCUGAUUCUGCAUAUGGUCCUAUGGGCUCUUUGAAGGCCAAUAGAGUAAUUUGGGCUUCGGACGCACCGACUUGUUUGGAUCAUUAUCAAUCGAGGUCAUUCCUUGCAAAGUCAGCUGGCUUUCAGACGGUGGCAUUUGUGCCUUUGAAAAAUGGUGUUGUGGAGCUUGGUUCAGUCAAAGUGAUUCCAGAAGAACAAAAAGUUGUAGAGAUGGUUAGGACAUUGUUGGGAGGUCCUGCUUCUAACAAAACGAAGGUACUUCCGAAAAUUUUUGGGCAGGAAUUGAGUUUGGGCGGUGUUAAACCUCAAUCAGUGACCAUCAACUUCUCCCCCAAGGUGGAAGAUGAUCCCAUGUUUCCUUCAGAAACGUUUGACGCACAGAGAGUUGAUUCAAAUCAAUUUCAUGGGGGUACAUCAAAUGGAUAUCCUAGUGACAAUGAGGCCAAACUGUUUUCGCAUUCAAACCAAAUUGUCAGGGGUUUCAGUCCUCAGACAAGAAUGUCUGGCUUGGAGCAACACAAGGACGAGUCAUCUCACCAUGCUGAUGACCGAAAACCACGUAAAAGAGGAAGGAAGCCUGCUAACGGGAGAGAAGAGCCACUCAAUCAUGUGGAAGCAGAACGCCAGAGGCGAGAGAAGCUUAAUCAGCGGUUUUAUGCAUUAAGAGCUGUCGUUCCCAACAUCUCCAAGAUGGACAAGGCAUCGCUUCUCGGCGAUGCCAUUACAUAUAUCAAUGAUCUCCAGACGAAAAUCAAGGUCCUUGAAACUGAGAAGGAUAUGGUUAACGGUACGCAUAAUCCGCAGCUAGUGCCUGAUGUUCAGGUGAGACAUGAUGACACAGUUGUGACGGUGAGUUGUCCCUUGGAUGCUCAUCCAGCUUCUGAAGUCAUAAAAACUUUGAGAAAUCAUCAGGUUGCUCCAGAAUGUGAUGUCUCCAUGAAGGAUGGUGGUAACGAAGUGAUGCAUACAUUUUCCAUCAGGACUCAAGUUGGCGGUGCUGAGCAACUGAAAGAGAAGCUUGUGGCUGCUCUUUCAAAGUAAUCUCCACUUUUCAAAUCCAUGCGCGAGGUGAAUCUCACCACCUGCCCUGGAUUCAUUUGUGAGAUAUUUGAGUGAUGUAGGUUGUUGACUAGUACAUUUAGGUGCAUAUCUUGACAGCUAAUUGUUUGUAUUCAUAUGUCAGUUGUAAGACAAGCUUGUUAAGUCAAAUAUGUGGCAGAGUGAUUUUCAUUGUUAAAUUCGCCUGCAGUAUGUUGAAGCAGAAGAAUAAAAGACGACUUUGAUUGUAGUGUUUGAACCUUUGGACUCUGUCACUGUCAGCUUGGUAGCUUUUACUUUCCUUUAUUUCUUCACAAUGUUCGCUAUUUGCCUUUGGAUUGUCAAGUUUGAUGCACAAAAUAAGCACUGAUU